AUGGUUCAAUUCAUCUUUUUUGUGCCCUCCGCUGUCUACGCCAUUUGGCUCUGUUUCCGCUAUGGCCUGAAAGCCGCAGGCACGUGGCGGUUUAUUGCAACGCUUUCUUUGCUGCGUAUAGCAGGUAGCAUUUCCUACUUUGUCUCCUUAAGAAGUCCAGGUCUUCAUGUCAUUGUAUCCGUUGUUGUCUGUGAGCUUUCAGGCUUGGCACCCCUCAUGCUCGUAUGCGUUGCCCUCGUUGGCCGGGUGAACAAGACUGCAAAGGUAUUCCCUGGAAAGGCCGCAAUUGGCAUAUCUCUACUCUCCUUGCUGGGCCUGAUUCUCGGUAUUGUCGGGACGGAUAGGGCUCUCGAGGACGCCAAAACCACGGACGAGAUCCACGUCAACAGCCUCACUAGGGCAGCAUUGGCCCUCUUCCUUGUCGGUUUUACUCUGAUGCUCGUCAGUUACUUUGCUUUGGUGCAAGACGUACUACGCCAUCCCGCGAAGCGAGCCGUCCUUGGAACCGAGGCGUGCAUCCUAGCCAUCGUGGGACUCGCUGCGCCCUUUGUCUUUAUCCGUCUGCUUUAUAGCGCCCUUGGUGACUUUACCGGGGCUGAACUGUGGAGCUCCGUUAGUGGUAACGAUACUGUCUAUCUUAUCAUGGAUGUCCUCAUGGAGAUUAUUGCCAUCAGCAUCAUGUACACGACCGUGUAUUUCGCGCCGCUGCCGAAAGACCCCCCUGCGGAGCGCAUUACGGACGCCGAGAGGGGUGACACUGAUGAGUUGCAUGAGUCACGGGAAUCUGCGUCGCCUUCUGUGGUUGAACUUGGGAGCAAGAGGUAA